AUGCCUCUCGUCAACAUGAUGGGCUCCAUUCAAUCAGGCUUCGGCUCGGUCGCAGAUUCUACGCAGAGAAAAGCGUCGGCAUCAACCAUCGCCACCUGUUCUGGAGAUACUUGCGAUUUUGGAGUAUAUCAGAGCCUAGGAGUCUGCGGCGCUUGCUCGUCUGGAUCACUGCCGAUUGACCUAUCGGAUGGAUACUACGUGUUGCGCACUAUGGACGAUGUGGACCUUUCUCUCAACGCCAUCGAAGGCCAGGUCAAUCUGACGGCCGACGGGAGCUAUCCUGUAAGUUCCGACCUGAAGGAACAAGUCGGUCCACUGCUGGUCAGAUCUGUCGCUUUCCUGCGUAGCCGGUUCGCCAACAGCACAGUUGUAGCAAAAGAAUGUGCAGCUUGGUGGUGUGUAAAGACUUACGCCAGUACAAUGACCAACGGGACUCUCCACGAAGAGAUGAGAGAAGAGCGGACCGACCGGUCGCCUGGAGCUCGAACGACAGGGGACUCGCAGCAAGACAGCAUUGACCUCUACCCGCCUACUUGUCCCAUCAAUCCGAGCGACCAGUCUGCUGUUCCAAAGUCGUGCGACUUUUUUGUUGGUGCUGAGUCUCAUCGAGCGAUACAGAACUUCUUCAUAUCGAACAACCCCAACCUAUUCAGCUCACCAUUCUUCACAGGUUCCGUAACAAUGGAUUGGAACACUUCGAAUGUUACCUCACUGCCGGUAGCAGCGCUCUUAGAGCCAUCCAACUUUGACGGCGAUAUAGGAGCGGUUUUCGACGAAGCGUUCACAUCCAUGCUACGGUAUAUGACAGUCUCGCUGCGAGACCAACCCACAUAUGGUCCAGACUAUCCUGGCUGGGUGUACGGCAAAGCCUUCACUCGCGAGACCGCCUUUGAAGUCAACUGGGCAUGGUUGUCCUAUCCCAUCAUUGUGGUCGCGGCGAGCAUAGCAUUCCUGGCUUUAACGAUCGUCCUCAACCGCCACGACGAGAUCUGGAAAUCCAGUGUCUUGGCUAUCAUGUUCCACUCCUUCGCGGACGACGAUCGCAGAGCUUUGGGCGAUCUUAAUACGACGCAAGCGAUGCGUGCUGCGACAAGAGACCAGAAGGUGCAGAUGGAGAAGCAAGAUCCGGGCGGGCAGUGGGUGUUUAGAACCAGAGCGGGCAAGCCGAAGACGCAUGCUGAGGCGAAGAAGAUGGUUGGAAGUGGUGCUUCACGGAUCUUUGGCCACGGGAGCGAGUUCGCGAGAGAGUUCUUGAGUGACAGGGACUGA